AUGGGGCAUCAUCAUAAUGGGGUUCCUCUUCCCUUCAUUUUCUCCCUUGUUGGAUUGUUUCUGUUGGCUCUGCAUGUUAACACGUCUUCAGCAGCAGAGCGGUCGACUUAUAUCGUCCACAUGGACAAGUCUCUCAUGCCCAAGUCCUACGCUAGUCAUCAACAUUGGUACUCUUCCAUUGUUGAUUCUUUCAAAGCUCAAAUUCCCACCUCAUCGGAUGGCCGCAAAAUCUCACCAUCCCUUCUGUACACCUAUGACAAUGCCUUUCAUGGGUUCAGUGCGGUUCUGUCCACAGAGGAAUUGGAGACUCUAAAAAAUUCCCCUGGUUUCGUCUCAGCUUACAGUGACAAGUCCAUUACACUUGACACCACCCAUACCACUAAAUUUCUCUCCCUCAAUCCUUCCACUGGUCUGUGGCCUGCUUCGAAUUAUGGGGAAGACAUCAUCAUUGGUGUCAUUGAUACUGGGGUCUGGCCAGAGAGUAAGAGCUUCAGAGAUGAUGGUAUGACCAAGAAACUUCCAGCUAGGUGGAAAGGAACAUGUGAGGUUGGACAAGAGUUCAAUUCCUCUCUUUGUAACUUUAAAUUGAUCGGAGCUAGAUACUUCAACAAGGGUGUCAUGGCUGCAAAUCCUGGUGUCACACUUAGCAUGAACUCUGCUAGAGACUCUCUAGGGCAUGGGACACAUACAUCUUCCACAGCUGCAGGAAACUAUGUAGAUGAUGCAUCUUAUUUUGGUUACGCUAAAGGAACAGCUAGAGGCGUAGCACCACGUUCCAGACUUGCCAUAUACAAGGUUAUCUGGAAUGAGGGUCGUUAUGCCUCUGAUGUCCUAGCUGGUAUGGACCAAGCUAUAGCCGACGGUGUGGAUGUUAUUUCGAUCUCCUCGGGCUUUGAUAGCGUGCCAUUGUAUGAGGAUCCUGUAGCCAUAGCUUCUUUUGCAGCCAUGGAGAAGGGUGUGGUGGUUUCAACUUCUGCAGGAAACGAAGGCCCCAGCCUUGGGACAUUGCACAAUGGCAUCCCUUGGGUCUUGACUGUUGCAGCAGGCACAGUGGAUCGCUCAUUUGGUGGAACAUUAACCCUCGGCAAUGGGUUAACCAUUACUGGAUUUACCUUGUUCCCAACAAAUGCCAUAGUAGAAAACUUUCCACUGGUUUACAACAAGACCUUCUCAGCAUGCAACUCAACAGAAUUGCUAUCAAGUGCCCCAGAUGCAAUCAUCAUAUGCGAUGACACUUGGCCUAUUCGUAGCCAAUUAUUUAGUAUAAUUCAAUCACAGGUUGUUGGAGCCAUUUUUAUCUCCAAUGAUCCUGAAAUACUUGAGUUAGGAUAUGUUGCAUCUCCUAGUGUUGUGGUAAAUCCAAAGGAUGCACCGCCUGUGAUCAAACAUGCAAAAAAAAGUGCUAAGCCUACUGUCAGCAUCAAAUUCCAACAAACGUUGAUUGGGACAAAGCCUGCACCGGCUGCUGCUUUUUACACUUCAAGAGGUCCUUCGCCAAGUUAUCCGAGCAUCUUGAAGCCGGACAUAAUGGCACCAGGGUCAUUAGUUUUGGCUUCUUGGGCUCCCAAGGUUCCAGCCGGCCAAAUUGGCUUCAAUGUGCAGUUACCUAGUGACUACAAUUUGAUAUCCGGGACAUCCAUGUCUUGUCCUCAUACUUCAGGUGUGGCUGCCCUAUUGAAAGGUGCGCACCCGGAAUGGAGCGCAGCAGCAAUUAGGUCUGCUUUGAUGACCACGGCCAACCCCUUGGACAAUACCAACAAUCCAAUUCGUGACGAUGGUGAUAAUUUCAACUUCGCUUCGCCAUUAGCUAUGGGAGCAGGUCAGAUUGAUCCUAAUAGAGCGCUUGAACCGGGCUUAAUAUAUGAUGCAACCCCACAAGACUAUGUCAAUCUCUUAUGCUCCACUAAUUUUACCCGGAAGCAGAUCUUAGCCAUCACCAGAUCACAUGCCUACGAUUGUUCCAACCCAUCUUGCGAUCUUAACUAUCCAUCAUUUAUUGCCUUGUACAACGACCAUAACAAAACCAAGACAAAGGUUCAAACAUUUCAGAGGACCGUAACUAACGUGGGAGACGGUGCAGCUAGGUACAAGGCUGCUGUGAUUGCUCCAAAGGGUUCUAAGGUGACGGUCUCACCAGAGAUACUGAUCUUUGGGGAGACAUAUGAGAAGCAAAGCUUUACAGUGACUAUAAAAUACAAGGCGAAAAAGAAAGGAACUGUUUCAUCCGGUGCACUUGUUUGGAUAGAACAAAAUGGAAAAUACACUGUGAGGAGUCCCAUUGUAGUGUCACCUCUUGUUUGA